AUGCAGGAGCUGCUGUUCAACUCGUAUUUAGCGUACAACGCGGGCCGGCAUUUCGUGUUCGACAACUACACAUGGAAUAGGGAUGGCUCCGACUACACGGACUACAACGGCAAGCUCAUUCCCUCGCGGAUACCCAACACCGCACUGAUCAGAGGAUCGAGUGUGGGCGACCCUUUCCCGCCCGGAGACAAUGCCUCGCUCGCGGUCGUCAAAGAGUACUUUGACAAGGUGUGCCCAGAACCCACGGUCAUCAGCAGCGAUGAGGUCGGGCGGACGCUCGCUGGCGACGCGUCCGCGCAGACCGUGCUCGAGGCCUGGGUGGCGAAGCUGCGCCAGAUGGACGACCACCGGUGCAUUGAAAUCGAGCGCGACACGCUGCAGAUCUUCUCCAUAUGGAUAUUCGGCUCCUCGCGCGUACUCGACAUCUACCCCGGGUUUGCCGCCUUCGCCGCCAACCGGCCCCUCAUCGCCCCACCCACCUUCCUCGACCGCUGGCUCCCCUCGCUCCCCUUCUUCCGGCCGUCGAGCCCGUACCCGAUGAUCUCGGGCCUGCUCGUGCUGCACGUGCGCCGCGGCGACUUCGCGGAGCACUGCGAGCACCUCGCGCGCUGGUCCGCACGCUUCAACGGGUUCAGCUCGUUCCCGGGGCUGCCCGACGCGUUCGAGCCGCCGCCGGGCGCAGGCUGGGGCGAGAACACGCCCGAGAACACGGCGGUGUACAUGCGCCGGUGCUUCCCGACGGUCGCGCAGAUCGUCGAGAAGGUCACGGCGGUGCGCGAGACGACCGCGGGUCGCGGGCUGCGGAACGAGUGGGUGGACGAGCUGAAGGCGGCGCUGUAUGCGAUGGGCGGGGUGGAGAGGGUGAUGGGGAGCCGGGACGUGCAGCUGAACUGGGAACAAAAGUACAUCGCGCAGGCGGUGGACAUGCUCAUCGGGCAGAGGGCACAGGUGCUCAUCGGUAACGGGUUCUCAAGUCUGACCUCGAACAUCGUCAUGAUGCGCAUGGCGAACGGCUUCGCGCCCGAGGGCAACCGCUUCUGGUAG